GGCUUCGCGUAGUUACCGCGAUAUUCUUCCUCUCUCUCUCUCCCCCCUAAAACAAUGCCCGCGCCCCUCGUUUUGUAGCGCUUCAUACUUUCCCGCCAUUAUACUGAUCUACAAGUGCUCGAGUUUCUAUUGUCGUUCUUUUCGUUGCAGCUUCUCAAUCUCGAUUCGACCAAUCGCAGUUUCUCCCCAGGAUAUGAAGAUCCGUUUGGUUUUGCUCGGUUCGCGGUUUCUAUUUUUCUUCGUUCUCGUUUCUAUCGCAUUUUCUGGCAUAUUUGCAAGUAAUGGAGGUAUGGAAACGGAGAAAACAUUGGCUAUGAUAAAACCAGAUGGCUUGCGCGGUAACUACACCGAUAGAAUCAGAAGGGCCAUUGUGGAGUCCGGAUUCAGGAUUUUGAAGGAAAGAGUAGUUGAAUUGGAUGAAGAUAGAGCAAGUCGCUUUUAUGCUGAACAUUCGUCAAAAAGCUUCUUUCCUACUUUGGUCAAAUACAUGACGAGUGGCCCAGUAUGCGUUAUGGUUUUGGAGAAACAAAAUGCCAUUGCAGAUUGGCGUGCUAUGAUUGGGCCAACAGAUGCAACGAAAGCUAAGGCUACGCAUCCUAAUAGCAUUAGGGCAAUGUGUGGCUUGGAUUCAGAGAAAAACUGUGUUCAUGGUUCAGAUUCUCUUCAAUCAGCUCAAAGAGAGAUCUCAUUUUUCUUUGAAGAAACUGGUGAAAUAGUUGGAAAACAUGAUGAAUUAUAAUCAUUAAGCAGUCAGCGUAGAAGAAUGACUAGAUCUUAUGGACGACUUUAUAUUUUUAUUCUCAAAUUCCAAACAUGCAUUGCUGCCAGCCCCCACCCAAAAUUCUUCUGGACGUUGGCAAGCCGAUACCUUGUACUGUGCACAUCUCACGCGCUCAUUUGGAUAUUUGUGUGCUAUUUGUGGAUGUUACAAUUAUGCUCAGUGCCUGUAUUAGAAAUUUAGAACUUGUUUUCCCAUGACCUGUUUGUCAGUUUUAUUUAUCUUUUGUUACUUUUAAGAAGGAUUUGUUUCAAUCCAUAAAUGCUACUAUUAGGAAGAUAAAACCAUUGGUUGGUGAUGAGGGGUCUGUGGCUUCUUACGACCUUAUUUAAACAGGAUCUGUUCUAUAGGUUGUAAAAUUGUGAUCUUAUCCCGUAGCCUCUUUAGUUUAUUAAGUUUUAGGUUUUUUAUUUGUUUUAUAGUUUUAGUUAGACAUGCUGCACACCUGUAAUUGUUCCUGUUUGCCCUGGUAACAGCGUAGGGCAGUAAAUGACGGGCUGCAAUGCUUUUCAAUUAGAAAUUUUCAUUCAAUAAAAACUUCAAUAUUUGUGCUUCA